CACGAGAGGAGUAUCUAUAAAAUAAAUAUAAUAAGAGUUCUGUUGGCAACAACUGAGUUAUUUUAGAGUAAAACAUUUCCCUUUAUUGGCGCUGCAAUGUUUAACACCUCUGCUCUCCUCACUUCUUCUAUUUCAGCAACUUUAAGAGACCCUGGAUCAGAGUUAAUGACAGAAGUCAACAGAGCAAAUCAGUCAUUUGAUGGCACUAAAGAAAGAAUCAAGAAGAUGUUUAAUAAAAUCGAACUUUCAAUUUCACCGUAUGAUACCGCCUGGGUAGCAAUGGUCCCAUCUCCGAAUUCUGCGCAAACUCCUUGUUUUCCUGAGUGUACAAAGUGGAUAGUUGAGAAUCAACUCAGUGAUGGCUCUUGGGGUCUUCCUCAUUGCCAUCCAUUGUUGAUAAAGGAUACACUUUCAUCCACAUUAGCGUGUGUACUUGCGUUGAAGCAGUGGGGUGUUGGUGAAAAACAAGUUAACAAAGGUCUCCAGUUUAUUGAGUUAAAUUCAACUUCAUUAAGUGAUGAAAAACAGCAUACACCGAUUGGAUUUGAUAUAAUAUUUCCUGGUAUGCUUGAACAAGCUAAAGAAUUGGCUUUAAACCUGCCUCUGAGAUCAGAUUAUAUAGAUUCCAUGCUCCGCGUGAGAGAUAUGGAUCUGAAAAGAGGAUUUGGUGGCAGCAACGAAGAGGGAAGGAAAGCCUACUUAGCUUAUAUUUCAGAAGGAAUUGGAAAAUUACAGGAUUGGGAAAUGGUCAUGAAAUAUAAACAAAAAAAUGGAUCAAUUUUCAACUCACCAUCCGCUACGGCAGCUGCUUUUAGUCAUGUUCAAGAUGCUGAUUGUCUUCUAUAUCUGCAAUCUGCUCUACAGAAGUUUGGAAAUGCAGUUCCUACCGUCUAUCCAUUGGAAAUAUAUGCUCGUCUUUGUAUGGUUGACACUCUUAAAAGGCUGGGAGUUGAUCAGCAUUUUAGGAGGGAAAUAAAGUUAGUACUGGACGAAACAUACAGCUACUGGCUGCAGGGAAACGAAGAGAUAUUUCUAGAUUGUACUACCUGUGCAAUGGCAUUUCAAAUAUUGCGUGUCAAUGGAUAUAAUGUCUGUUCAGAUCAUUUAGCUCAAUUUACAGAGGAUCACUUCUUCAAUUCUCUAGGAGGAUAUUUAAAGGAAACAAGGGCCGCCUUAGAGUUAUACAGAGCAUCACAGAUGUUUUAUCCAGAUGAAUCACUUUUGGAGCAGCAAAAUUCAUGGACAAAACAUUUCCUGGAGCAGACGUUAUCCAGUGGUUUCAAUUAUGCUGACAGACUCAGUGAGCAAAUUACUCAAGAGGUGCAUGAUGCUCUUAAUUUUCCGCAUUAUUCAGAUUUAGAUCGCUUAACUAACUGGAGGAGUAUUAAGAAUUAUACCGAAGAUGGAACAAGGAUUUUAAAAUCUUCAUACCGUUGUUUAAACAUUGGAAAUGAGCACUUUCUUAAAUUGGCGGUGGAUGACUUCAACGUUUGUCAAUCAAUACACCGGAAAGAACUCGAGCAGCUCGGAAGGUGGGUUGUGGAGAAUAGAUUAAACGAGCUAAAGUUUGCCAGACAGAAGCUGGGUUAUUGUUACUUCUCCUGUGCAGCUACUCUGUUUACUCCUGAAUUAUCUGAUGCUCGGAUAUCAUGGGCGAAAAAUGGUGUGCUUACCACUGUUGUUGAUGACUUCUUUGAUGUGGGAGGUUCUGUGGAGGAACUUAUGAACCUUCUCCAACUGAUCGAGAAGUGGGAUGUGGAUGAGAGUGAUCACUUUUGUUCUGAGCAUGUCGAGAUAGUUUUUUCAGCACUUCACAGCACAAUUUCUGAGAUUGGAGAGAAAGCAUCAACAUGGCAAGGACGUAGUAUGACGGAUACUGUUGUCAAGAUUUGGUUGGAUCUGCUGAAGUCGAUGUUGACAGAAACUCUCUGGACGAAAAGCAAUUCAACACCCACACUUGAUGAGUAUAUGAGUAAUGCAUAUGUAUCAUUUGCUUUAGGACCAAUUGUACUGCCAGCUCUUUUCUUUGUCGGGCCUAAGCUUUCGGAAGAGGAUGUUAGUAGCCAUGAAUUACAUCAUCUAUAUAAGACCAUGAGCACAUGUGGGAGAUUACUCAAUGAUUGGAGAGGCUUUGAGAGAGAAUCUAAAGAAGGAAAACUGAAUGCUGUCUCAUUGCAAAUGAUUUACGGUAAUGGCGUCGUAACCGAAGAAGAAGCCACUGGAAAGAUAAAGGGUUUAAUUAAAAGUCAGAGGAGCGAAUUGCUGAGAUUAGUUACGCAGGAUAAGGAUAGUAACAUCCCAAGACCCUGCAAGGAUUUGUUUUGGAAAAUGAUUAAAGUGCUACACAUGUUUUACUUGAAGGAUGACGGAUUCACUUCCGAUCAGAUGAUCAGUACUGUAAAUGCAGUGAUUGCUGAUCCCAUCACUUUUCAUGAACUGGAGAAUCUAAGCCAAGGAAAAUGAUACUGCAAAAUUGCAUGUGAUUACAGUAUAAUGAAGAUACAGUUAAGAAGAUAAAACAUGUUGGAAAGUAAAUUAAGCUUUUGUUUGUUGAUUGACCUACAAGUUAGGCUUUAGAUAAGCUGGAAAAAAAAUAGAUUUGUUUUUGAUCCUGUUAUUAAUUAGCUAGAUAUGUGCCCAGCUGCUGCUAGUUGUACGACGAGAUUGUUGUAGUCGCAUUGAAUUCGAUAAAAUAUAAUUUUCUUCACCAA